AUGGAGAAGGAUGCCACAGCCGCUCACCGCAGGCACCGGCCAGGCCCCGGGGCACCUCCCUCGGGGGCAAAGGCCAGUGAGGCAGCCGAGCUCCAAAGGAGCAGGAGCAUGGGCGGCCUGCUCCAGAAGGGGGACCCCCCGAGCUGCAUCAAGAAGCUGUACCAGGAGUCAGAGUCUGAAGACCAGGGAAAGGACCUCAAAUGUGACCCUGAGGAGGUCACCAGUCACGCAGACCUGAAGGAGCACAAGUGGGAGGAGAGUCAGCACAUCCUCGGGAAGGCAGACCGUGAGAGUGGAACCGUGGAGCCGGAGGAACAGGACCCCGAGUCCCCACAGCUGGAGGACCUUCUGGAAGAGGAGAAGCCAUCUGUGUUUGUGGAGAUUGAUCUGGGAGACCAUGCCGAGGAGGUGGCCACGUGUGCCACGAGAGAAGAGAAGCGGUCCCAGAUGGACGUGGGGGAUUUGUCAGAAGACGAGACCAGGACCAGCUGGGUGUGCUGUAUCCCCUACUCCACAAGGAAGAAGGUGAAGCAGAGCGUGUAGCAACCCCAGGGAAGACCGAGGGACGAGGGACACAGACAAGCAGCCCUGAGAAGCACCACGCGGCCUGUUGCAGGGGCGCCAGCACCAUCCCAGGCAUGACCCAGACCCGCCGGGCGAACGAUGACACCAUCCGUUAAAAAGACACAAUAAAG